AUGCUAGUUGUUACACCGAAAAUGAGUACAAACAAUACUGCAAACAAUACUGCAAACAAUACUUCAAAGAAUACUUCAAACAACACUGCAAAUACCAAUACCAAACGAAACGUGGAUGCCAUGAUGAGUAGUAAUGCCAGUGUCGGUAUUAGUAUGAGUAUCGGUGGUGCUACAUGCAUGCUUCCGCGGCUCAGUAAGAACUGGGUUCUACCACCGCGUCCAAAGCCCGGACGCAAGCCUGUACAAGACGUCCCCACGACGAAACGCAAGGCUCAGAAUCGGGCGGCACAGAGGGCGUUUCGGGAACGACGUGCCAAUAGGGUGUCGGAGCUAGAGGAGCAACUGAUGAGAGAACAGCGGGAACAUGCGUUACAAGUGGGGGCACUAACGGCGAGAAUCAAGGAGUUAGAACAAGAGGUGAGAAAGUUCACCGACAGUUGUGAUGCAAGGAAGAGGGCCAACAGUAUAGGUACAAGUGCAAAUACAUAUACAAAUACAAGUGCAAAUACAAAUACAAAUACAAAUUCAAAUACAAAUACAAAUACAAAUACAAAUACAAAUACAAAUACAAAUACAAAUACAAAUGGGGGGAAAGCGAAAGACAAGAAUACACACAGGGCAGUUCCGCUCAAACGCGGGUUCGAAACCGACUUUACGCAUCUGUAUGCUCCAAAACUCCCUAGAAAGAUGCCGAAGCUAGGUAACCUUAACGCCGGCACUAAGGCAGAAGCAACAGUCAACACCAACACCAAUAACAAACCCAGUGUACAUACCCAUAAUCAUACACAUCCACAUGCCAACACCACCACAAAUACCCCGUCAACGGCUAUACCCUUUGAAGCAUGUGGAUUCUGUUCGGAUGACACGCCCUGUCUUUGUAGAGAGAUUCGGGAAAAGGAAAAGGCCCUUAUUGCUCAACUCACAGCUACUGCUACAACUACUACUACAGCUACAUCAAUCGAUACGAAAAAUACCACAAACGGCAAUGACAAUGCAGGAAUCACCAGACCGUGUUUCCCUUCUAGGAGAACCUCUCUCAUAUCUUGCUCGUCCGCUAUAUCCUGUUCGUCUUCCUCCUCAUUGUCCUCCGCCUCGUCUCCAGGAUCCUCCAAUACAAACACCCCCCUACCGCCACUCAAAGACCUUCUUCCAGAACUUAAUCUGUAA